CUUGCCGUCCUCUUUCGGCCAUCUUGGCGCCUGUGGAGGCCUGCUGGGAACAGGACUUCUAAAGGACAGUAUGUCUGGAAGGCUGUGGUGCAAGGCCACUUUUGCUGGCUAUAAGCGAGGUCUCCGGAACCAGAGAGAGCACACAGCUCUCCUUAAAAUUGAAGGCGUUUAUGCCCGAGAUGAAACUGAAUUCUACUUGGGCAAGAGAUGCGCUUAUGUGUAUAAAGCAAAGAACAACACAGUGACACCUGGAGGCAAACCAAACAAAACCAGAGUGAUCUGGGGGAAAGUAACUCGGGCCCAUGGAAACAGUGGCAUGGUCCGUGCCAAAUUCCGAAGUAACCUUCCUGCAAAAGCCAUUGGACACAGAAUCCGUGUGAUGCUGUACCCAUCCCGGAUUUAAACCAAUGAAAAGUAAAUAAAUAAAAGUGAAUUUGUGCUCUUGUAAUUUUUUUUUUAACCAGAACUGUCCUAAAAGUUUUCCCUGUGUUUAAGGUAGUGGGACUUGUC